GCAUGCUAGUUACUUCCAUAUAUGGUCACGUUUGUUCUCAUUGGUGGAAAUUCCUUGUUGGGUGUGUAAGCUCGUGAUUAAAGGCGGAGAAAUUUCUUGGUUAUUCAUCCUUUACAGUGCCGGCAUCAGAUAACAAACCAAAAUGUGUGACGACGAAGUUGCUGCUCUUGUCAUUGACAAUGGAUCCGGAAUGUGCAAGGCCGGGUUCGCCGGAGACGAUGCACCUCGUGCUGUCUUCCCCUCCAUCGUGGGACGUCCUCGCCAUCAGGGAGUCAUGGUGGGGAUGGGACAGAAGGACAGCUACGUCGGUGACGAGGCUCAGUCCAAGAGAGGUAUCCUUACCCUGAAGUACCCCAUUGAGCACGGUAUUGUCACCAACUGGGACGACAUGGAGAAGAUCUGGCAUCACACAUUCUACAACGAGUUGAGAGUUGCGCCUGAAGAACACCCUGUACUGUUGACCGAAGCCCCCCUCAACCCCAAGGCCAACAGAGAGAAGAUGACACAGAUCAUGUUUGAAACCUUCAACACACCCGCCAUGUACGUCGCCAUCCAGGCCGUUCUCUCCCUGUACGCCUCUGGACGAACAACUGGUAUUGUGUUGGACUCUGGUGACGGCGUCUCUCACACAGUCCCCAUCUAUGAAGGAUACGCACUGCCACACGCCAUCCUCCGUCUUGACCUGGCCGGCCGAGACCUCACAGACUACCUGAUGAAGAUUCUCACCGAGAGAGGAUACAGCUUCACCACCACAGCAGAGAGAGAAAUUGUCCGUGAUAUCAAGGAGAAGCUGUGUUACGUCGCGUUGGACUUUGAGCAGGAAAUGGCAACGGCCGCCAGUUCCAGCUCUCUGGAGAAGAGUUACGAACUUCCUGACGGACAGGUGAUCACCAUUGGAAAUGAGCGAUUCCGUUGCCCUGAAGCCAUGUUCCAGCCUUCAUUCCUGGGUAUGGAAGCCGCUGGUAUCCACGAGACCACCUACAACUCCAUCAUGAAAUGUGACGUAGACAUCCGUAAGGACCUGUACGCCAACACAGUCCUGUCUGGAGGUACCACCAUGUACCCUGGUAUUGCUGACAGGAUGCAGAAGGAAAUCACUGCCCUCGCUCCUUCCACCAUGAAGAUCAAGAUCAUCGCUCCCCCUGAGAGGAAAUACUCCGUAUGGAUCGGAGGUUCCAUCCUCGCCUCCCUCUCCACCUUCCAACAGAUGUGGAUCUCCAAACAAGAGUACGACGAGUCUGGUCCCUCCAUCGUCCACAGGAAGUGCUUCUAAAUGUAACAACUCUACUAAUGUAGCUCGGUCGCAACCAGUUUGUCAUCGCUAUCGAGUCAAAAAGUGUUUGAGAUGGGCCACUAAUAUUUGUUCAAUUUAGUAUGCCCUUACUAAGUUUGUAACUUUUAUAGGACUUGAAAUAUUUAUUAUAUCAAUAUUUAUCGUAAUUCGGCGAUGUGGCCUAUGUAAAGAUAAUGAGGUUUUUUAAAAGACAUUUUAUAAGAAAAUUGCAAUUAGACAUUCCACCAACAGUAUUUAUUUUUCAUAACAAUUUUAUACUGCUUACGGCACAGUAUUUUCUAGGGUAAGGCAUAUUUAAGGUAUUUCCUCUCCUUUGUGCACAUUCCUCCAGUAUGCAUUCCAAGGUUUAUUGAUGUUUAUUAAGUAUAUUUUGGAUUUGUGAACUGCAUGCUUCUCCAUCAAUGUAGGUCUUGACAAGAAUAAACACAUUUCCAUCA